CGCCGCCUCCUGCCCCGGCCCGCCGGCGGCAUGUCAGCUCCUGGUGCCGCCUCCCGCAGGUGACACCCGCCCUUCCGCUGCCGCCGCUUCCCCUUCUAUAUGGGCCACCUGCUCUCAAAGGAGACAAGGAGCUUGAGCCGGGACCGCCGCCGCCCGCGGGGGAAGGUGCCGUCACCGCGCAGCCGGAGCUGCUUCCUGCGCGGGCCCUGCAUGCUCUGCUUCAUCGUGCACGGCGCCAGCCCGCCCGCCCCCGAGCAGCCGCUGCCCGCCGGGGACCCUCUGCUGCCGCCGCCGCCCUACGUGUCGCUGACCGCCGCGGAGCAGCGCGUCGCCCGCCGCCUCCUGCGCCUGGCGCCCGCCGCCUGGGAACCGCCGGGCCGCUGCCAGCGCCUCUUCUUCUCCGGCCUGCUGCCCUCGCCGGUGCGGGGCCUCCUGGGGCCGCCCGGCGAGGUCUCCUCCGAGAUGGUGUGCAAGCGCAAGGGGGCCGGGCUGCCCGCCUGCCCGCCCUGCAAGCAGCCGCGCUGCGCCGCCGCUGCCGAGCCCGGCGCCUGCCAGUGCCCGGCGGAGCCUGAGCUGUUCGCCCUGCCCGGCGCCGCGGGGGAGGGCGGCGGGGGCACCGCCAGGCAGAGCGGCGGGGGACAGCCCGCCUCGUCGCCGUCUCCCACGCCCCAGCAGGACGAGAAGGAGCAGGGCCGGGAGGAGGAGAAGGAGCGGGACGGCGAGGCGGGCUGCGAGGAGCCGCUGGAGUAUCCCGGCGACAGCUGCCGGGAGCUGCUGCUGCCGCCCACCCCGGACAUCAAUCAGCUGCCACCUUCUAUCCUCCUCAAGAUAUUUUCCAACUUAUCUCUGAAUGACCGUUGCCUCUCAGUGUCAUUAGUCUGUAAAUACUGGCGUGAUCUCUGUUUAGAUUUUCAGUUUUGGAAGCAACUGGAUCUCAGUAGUCGUCAGCAGGUCACUGAUGAGCUGUUGGAAAAAAUAGCAUCAAGAAGCCAGAAUAUUACUGAAAUCAAUAUUUCUGAUUGUCGCAAUGUAUCUGAUACAGGAGUAUGCAUAUUGGCAAUUAAAUGUCCUGGGCUCCUCAGGUAUACUGCUUACAGGUGUAAACAGCUUUCGGACACCUCUAUUAUUGCAGUUGCCUCUCAGUGUCCUCUUCUUCAGAAAGUGCAUGUGGGCAAUCAAGACAGACUCACUGAUGAAGGCCUUAAGCAGCUCGGUUCAAAAUGCAGGGAAUUGAAAGACAUACAUUUUGGGCAAUGUUACAAGAUCUCAGAUGAAGGAAUGAUCAUUAUAGCUAAAGGCUGUCUGAAGCUGCAAAGAAUAUAUAUGCAAGAAAACAAAUUAGUGACAGAUCAGUCGGUGAAAGCUUUUGCUGAACAUUGCCCUGAGCUGCAGUAUGUUGGUUUCAUGGGCUGCUCUGUUACUUCAAAAGGAGUCAUUCACCUUACUAAUCUAAGAAAUCUUUCGAGCUUGGAUCUACGUCAUAUCACAGAACUGGACAAUGAAACCGUGAUGGAAAUAGUAAAGAGAUGCAAAAACCUUAAUUCUCUCAAUCUGUGUCUCAACUGGAUCAUUAAUGACAGAUGUGUGGAGGUGAUUGCCAGAGAAGGACGGAACUUGAAAGAACUGUAUUUAGUAUCCUGUAAGAUCACAGACUAUGCUCUGAUAGCCAUUGGGAGGUACAGCAUGACAAUAGAGACGGUGGAUGUUGGAUGGUGCAAGGAGAUCACAGACCGUGGAGCCACCCAGAUUGCUCAGCGCAGCAAAUCCCUCAGAUACUUGGGACUGAUGAGAUGUGAUCAGGUGAACGAGGCCACAGUGGAGCAGCUGGUGCAGCAAUAUCCACAUAUAACCUUUAGUACUGUGCUGCAGGAUUGCAAGAGAACACUGGAGCGGGCUUAUCAAAUGGGCUGGACACCCAAUAUGUCUUCUGGCUCCUAACCUUCUGUACCAACAUGUUCCAUUCUGCUGGAUUCAGUAGAUCUAAUGGGGAUUGCAGAAGGGUUUAUAACCUUUCAUAUGAUGCAAUAUAGUUGUGAGUUUACAGAGGUUACAGUAAAAUGGCAAAAGCUGUACACUGACUUUAACGUACUGUACAACUAAGUACAAAUACUGAAGCAAAACUUUAGAAAUGCAUUGUGGUUUUGUUUGCAUAAAAGUAAUAAAAGCCUUUGGCAAAUUUCUUGAAGUGGAUUCCUACUAGUUCUCUGGAUAGUUUGAGUUAUAGAUGUUAAGCUUGUUUUCCUCUGUUUAUUUUGCCUUGGUGUAGUGGUUUCACAUUCACUAAAUUCUGGUCUUAGUACUCACUCUUUUUCUGUGGGAGAGAGACUAGGAGAAAAACAAAGCAGGCUCAGCCUUAAAAAUUAACAAAUAGUUUUAUUAACACACACUAAAAGAAUAGAAAAAGAAAGUUGGAAAAAAACUAAAACAGAAUGAAACUUCAAAAACACUCUUCCCUCCCCUUACAAACUGUUAACUUUCCUACAAAACAACAUGAAGAGAAAAAAAUUGUGAUUUUUAGUCAGUUUCACAGUCUGACAAUAGUCUUUCAUCAAUUCUUUAGGCGAAGAGUCUCUCUUAGAGUCAUGGAUCCCACUGACAACUUAGAACAGUUCUCUUGUGGGUUUUUUAACUGUCACAAAAACAAGCACCUGGAGAAACCUGCCUUUGUGACCCUCCCAGGAGCAGUUUCCCAAGCUGCUUAUGGGUCAUGGGUCUUCGACUUUUGCAUACUGGAGUGUCACCUUUUAAAGAUGAAUAACUCCAAAGCAAAGGAUUCUUCACCUCAAGGUACAGAUCUAUCUUCUCACUUCUUCACUGGCGCAGAGAGCUUCUCAUCUUUAUCUCUGUUCAAGCAUCUUAUAGGAUUAAUAUUACUUAGUUCAUCACAAACACCUUUGCUUAAAUCCACACACAAAUCUAAACAAUCAUCUCCCCAAAUGCAUAUCUUUCCCAUGAUUUAAAGGAAUGAUCUAAAUAUAGAGUUCAUUCCCAUGGCUCAAAUAAGAAUAGAAAAACCAACUCUUCAAUCCUCUGUCCCAGUAGUCUUUUCACUCCUGCUCUACUGACUUCAUGCUGUUGUUCUUUAUGUUCACUCUGUCCUUUCUCACUCUCUCAGAGAAGGGCCAAGCUCCGGAAGCUUCAUGUUGCCAGGAAAGGGUUAAAUCUGCUCGGAGUCUUUGUCUCUCUCUCUGUAGCUGGUGGUGUUAGAUGUUCAAGGCCACGCUGGUGAGGGAGGAAGAACUCACACAGAAAGAUCAGAGAUCGGAGCACCUGGGCCGUCUGGAAUCACAAAAAAACCAGGCAAGAUCAUAAAUGCCUUCUCAGCCCACUCCUCGGUGUAAAUCGGGGCAGCUUCAGCCUAAAUGGUGCCCAUAGCUCUUUUCAGGGGCCCGGCAGAGAUCCCUCCCUGCUCCAGGGAAGUUUGGAGAAAGUAGUUGUUGUAAAACAGCAACUUCUCCUUCCCCGCCCCCUCCCACCUGGGAGCUGAUGGAAUCCGGCCAGGCCUCAGGCCAGCUCUCCCCCAAAAGGGGGGAGCAGCUCGAUGUUACCUGUCUCUCUCUGGCCAAAGGAAAAAGCAAAAGGCCCACCUACAGGAAAUCAAGGGGUUUUAUAUGGUACUUCCCAAAGUCGUAGCCAACAAUUUUCAGUGGUCAAAACAGAUGCCAAUAUUCCAACUAACCCUGUGAUAGGUCCCUGUCCUUUCUAAAGCAAUUCCCAGGUCCUGACCUGGAGAAUUAUUCUGCAUUCUUCUGUAACUAAAAAAUCAAACUGUACUAACCUAUGACACUUGGUCAUGUGUGUUUCCUUUGAUCUGUAAAUGGUAACUCAGUGCUAGCACUGGUGCAGUUAAUCAACAGAGGCCUGUGUUGAAACUGGGAACUAAACUUCUUUUUAUUACUAAAGCUAUGCAAGAGGUUUAAAGAUACAGAGUAAUAAGAAAAUCUACAAUUAAUUACAAUUUUCUUAUCAACAUCUUCCUUUUUUUUCUUUAAAUAUUAGAACCUGUAGCGAUAUUAAAAUCUUUCUCCCUUGACAUUUUAAUAAUGAGUAACAGUGCUUACCCUAACAAUAAUAUCAAUAAUAACUGUUCAUGAAGACAAAGAAUAACUGAAUAUACCAACUGUCAGAAAUAAGUUGGCAAUGCUUAUUAUAUUUGGCUGAAAAAAUUUACUCUUUAUUGUAAAUGAACUUGUCUCCUCUGACUAUGCUGUUCUGUUGAUGAAUUGGAAAAUUCAGAUGAAUAUCAGUCGAUAACAGGAUCCCUCUCAUUCCCUGUGUGGUUUUAUUUUAGAAUGGAUCUUACAAUGCAAAUAGUGCUUACCUUGAGAAGGCCAUCUAAACAUGAGUCCCAUUAUAAGUAUCAUUUUGUAGGAUCAGAUGCUUCUUAUUACAGUGUGUGCAAGGAAACACCCAAAUUAAACACAUAAAAAGAUUAAUUUUCUUUGUGGGGCUGUUACGGUUUAACCUCAAACAGCAACCAAUACCACACAGCCUCUCUCUCUCUCUCUCUCACACACACAUUUCAUUCUAAGGAGUUAAAUUUGAGCAGAGAAUUGUGAAAAUACAAACAUUGCAGCUUCAAUUUGGAGUUGCCUUAACCUUUAGAGUAUUACAAUUUGGUUAAGAAUGUUGUCAGGUGUGUAACACUGGAUAUUUGUUUUUCAAAGGUUACAGCAUUUUAAUCUAAACUAUGAAAUACUUAAGCUUCAGCUGAAAAGUUGCCAUUAUUGUCAAAAUGGUUUGCUAAUCCAGAAGGCCUAAUGCAGCAUAACAUAGAAGCUUGUUUAGUAUGGCUGUAUAACUCUGUAAAGCUAUUUGUUGAUUUCCAUAGCAUAAUUUUUACAAGAGAAACAUCAGCUCAUGUUAUUCCAGUGAGGAUGUUGAAUGUUUUCUUAUUAGACUUUUCAAAAUGGGGAUGAACUAAUUUCUCUGGAAAAAAAAUAUAUCGUAAAGAUUUUGUUUAAAAUAAGUGGUAAAUACUUGUGAACAUAUGUAAUGCUAUGCUGUUUAUUUACUCCAAAAUGGCAACAGUAUUUUAAGAAUAAAGCUAGUGAAUUAUAUUGCAGAUAUAGUACAGAAUCUUAGUCAAUUUUCUUUUAAUAUUUCUUCAUGAGUGCAUUAAAACUAUUCACACAAUUUGUAAGUUUCUAUUUUUUGUGAGACCUUUGAUCUUACAAUAAAUUGUAAUAAAAUAAGAAAUAUGUGAUGUUUUCUGUUUAUGUGUGUAGCUAACUGUCCUUAGACUGUACUAAUAGAAGGUCUGAAAUCUCCAUCGUUGAACAGAUAGAGCUCACCUGGACAUGAUCCUUAGUAAACUGGCCCUGCUGUGAGUGACAGAGUUUUAACUAAAUGACAUCCAGAGAUCUUUUUCAAUCUAAAACGUAUUGUAACUCUACAGAUUUUUUAAAUAUGGGUCUAC